AUGCCAUCAAAUUCUGUCGAAUAUGUUUAUCGUAAUUUAUUUUUGUGGUGCGUAUUGACACAUCGACUAGAAACGGCACGACUUUUUCUUGACUAUAUGGAAACACGUAUUUGCUCGGCGUUAAUUGCAUCAAAAAUUCUCCGAGCAUUGUCAAAAUAUGCUCCUGAUCGUGAUACACAUGACAUACUUAAAAAUGAAGCAUCUGAUUUUGAAACAUACGCUAUUGAAUGCAUACGAUGUUGUUAUCACUAUGAUCGGGAACAAGCAUGUGAACUCGUAAUACGUCGUAUCAAAUUAUAUGGCAAUGUAACAUGUUUACAAAUAGCCUUGGCUGCUGAUGCCAAAAAGUUUUUGCAUGAAGACGCUUGCUAUGCGCUAUUGACCAAUAUCUGGUUUGAUAAGGUCGAUCCUAUUCAAGAUCGAACCCAGUUAGCAGUGAAUUUGAUCACUUUCGGCAUAUCUCAAUUUGUCAAAUCCGUGUGCACCAGGUGUUCGAAUAAAGCGAAUUCCAAACAGGUCUCCUUUCAUAUGUCAUACUCAAGUCGAAUUUGCUUUUUCAUUCUUUACGAUUAGAUUAUUCAACGUCCUCCAUCAAAAAGACCGUAAGUUUUUGUGCGUCAAAUUUAUUAAACUUUGUCAGGUGAUUGUGAGUACGAACAUGUGUUUAAAGAUUAAAACAGUACGGCAUCGACUACACAGACGAUUAUGAUAUACAUGCAACGCCAUUGCAACAUUUCUUUCAUUUUCACGAUUCACCUAUUGUCAAGUAUUGCUAUAACUGUGUAUGUAUCGGUGAACAUGCCCCGUAAUGUUUAUUUAACAUAAUUGUUCUCAUGUUUUAUACAUACAGAUUGGCUACAUUAUCUUUCUGACCUUCUUCAGUUAUUUCAUGCUCUAUAAAUUCGAUCCAAUUACCACAGAUAACAUCCUGCCAAUACAUUGGACCGAACUAUUGACUAUCAUAAUUGUAACUAGUAUGCUCGUUGAAGAUAUGCGACAGGUAGUGGACAUAGGUUUUUCUUCAUUUACUUAUAUGUUCAUAUCAAAACUCGAUACAUAGUUUUUUUUACAAGACAAUCGGACGUUCAAGGGCAAAGUGUUCACAUACUUUGAUUUAACAAACAGAUUUUCCAACUUGACUCUUGUCGUGCCUGCUUAUGUACUCUUCUAUACCGGCGUUAUACUUCGCUUCGAGAUAAGAGAUGAAGUAAGCUUUGGCAUGGUCAGGUAUAGUAACUCCUUUCACAUUGUAUAGGUCUCUGAUUAUUGAGAGUUUUCUGUUCUGCCACUAGAAUUGUCAUGGCUUAUGAUCUUGAGCUCUGGUUUAUUCGUUCUCUUGUAUUUAUUGGUAUUAUCGAGAAUCUCGGCCCAAAACUUGUGAUGAUCAGAAAGAUGGUGAGUUUGUGAAGUCGUUUGUACAACAAUACUGUUUUUCUGUUCAUAUAAAUUUUUAUUUUUUGCCUAGUGUAGACAAAUGAUUUACUUUUCUUCAUUUUUCUCAUCGCUAUCGUCAUACUUGGCUACGGUAUUACAUCGCGUGCGAUGAUCUAUUACGGCACCUUUGACUUUGACGGUCGACAAUUCUUUCAGAAUGUUGUCUAUCCAGUCUACUACUUUAUCUUUGGUAGUUUUGACGACGAGAAAACUUCGUUAGAAAGUAAAUAGGGGAGUAAGCUUUUGAAUGAAAACAAGACAUUUUUUGCAUAAUUCAAGAAACGCCAAAUGCAAGCACAACAAUAGCCACCCAAAUUAUGUUUGCAUUCCAUAUGCUGUUUGUCAAUAUUCUACUCCUCAAUUUGCUCACUGCCAUGUUUACGUACGUAUAGUUCGAGAUUUCCAAUAUUUAAUUGAUAGUAACUUAUAGGUUUACAACAACAAUUGUUCAAGAGCAAGCCAGUUAUAUUUGGUCAUAUGAACGAUGUGCUCUCAUACGUGACUACUAUAAUCGACCACCAUUAUUUCCUCCAUUUAUCAUUUUAACUCAUAUUUUUCUACUUGCUCGAUGGAUAUGGUGCAUGUGUCUGAGGAACAAUAACAAAAACAAUCGACACCGCAAAUGCUUCAGUACAUGCCUCCUUCUUUGCUUAUUAUACUACGUAUAUAUGUGUUCUACUUAUCAGAGAUAAUUGGCAAAACGGAUAAUGUGGACGAUGCAUGGUCUCAAUUUGAAAGUUUUGCUACUAUCGAUUAUGUUCGCCGGUUGCAAAGCCAUAGACAAGCUGUCGCUUCGCCUACUAUGUCCGCACCUGAUACUCACGCGUAUGUCUACCUAAAACCUCUGUAUACUAUAUAUAUAUUUUCACAAAGAUCUGAUUUAUCGGCUCAAAUGAAGAUCCAAGAUCAUAGUACACUAAUGUCUACAUCCAACAUGCAUCGUAUACAGGAAGAAUUAGUAAGUGUGCGCGAUGAAACAAGCACAAAAUUAGGUUCGAUGGACACUACAAUCAACGAUUUACGUUGCCGAUUUGACAGCGUUGAUAGUGAAUUCAAAAUGAUGAUGGCACAGAUGAAAAGUGUGCGUAUAUGACAGCGAAUACAUAUGUUGUAGGUCGUGUGCAUGCAUCAUUUUUAGAUCAAUAAAUCCCUCGAUUGGAUUAUGAACGCAAUGUCUCGUGUCAAAAUGUCUAAAACGCCACCACCAUUGCAUGAGACACUUACAUCAAGUCAGUAUUCACCGAUAAGUAAAGCUUUGAAUUCACAUUUGCCUGCAUAGUGUCGACGUCUGCAUCAGAUGAGAAUCCUUUGAUUUCUUAUGAAAUAUCCGUACAAACGGGUGAUCGAAUGGGCGCUGGUACGCAUGGGCCAGUAUUUUUGACUAUGUACGGAGAUCAAGGAAUAUCAACUAAAAUUGAGCUUACAGAUGAAUCAUCUACAGAAUUUGAACGCGCGCAAGUAUAUAUUCUGCAUUUAUGAUCGGAAAUCAGUUUCUCUUGCACUUCGAUAUGCUUCAUAUUUAUUUUAGUUAACAAAAUUCCGUUGUAAAUUUCCCAGUAUUGGUCAGUUAGAGCAGAUCGAACUUAUACAUGGAUCCGUUGACCAGCGCUGGUAUUUACAGGAAAUAACUAUUGAUAAUACAGCAACAAAGGAGCGGUUAGUGUUAGGGAAUGUAGACUAUGGAUUUGAAGCAUAACUUUUUUCUUCUAUAGCUAUAAAUGUGUCUUCGCCAAUUGGUUUGACGAAAAUGAUUCCAAAAAAAUACCUGUAAAGAAAAUUACAAACACCAGUAAGAAACGCAUGUCGACUCAGACAACUUUGAGAGAACACACGUCGAUUGAUAUGGAAAUGUUAUCGUCGAAUAUUCAAGAUCAGUAGAUACUUUCUUACUGAAAUAAAUCCCCCUUCGUAUAAAAUAGAGCAAUGCAAAAAAGGACAAUUAUUGCUAUUGAUAUUUUUAUAUUUAUUUUUCUACACACAUGAUUAUAAUCCGACAUCUUCGUUAUAUCAAAGUUAUGAUUUCAUAAGCUGUGAGUGAAGAGGAUGGAUCUUGGUUUCUUGUUAUGUAUGUCAGCAUUCAUUAAACAAGUAGCGCUCAUUGGAUGCUGAUUCACUUAGCCCUAGAAUGAAUAAGUGUGACACAUGUUCGAUAUUUGUUCAAAUCAAGCAUUUUGAAUUGACAACAAAAGCGAUGUAGAUAAUUUUUUUCUCUACUUCGAAUGAAAAAGAGUAGUCGAUUAUUCUUAUAAAGAUAUAAUCUAUCUUUUGCCAAUAUACUCUCUCGAGAAAUAUAAAGUUUUUUUUCUUUUGUAAAAUUUUUUUCUUGACUAUCGGGUGGCCCAUAAAGAAUGAGGGUUGUAGUAUUUCAUGGAUAUCUCGGAAACUAUUCACAAUUUACCAAUAUUUUUUUCCCAAUUGAAAGAGAAUUUUCUUCUCUACAAAUUCAUAAGAACACAUAUUGUACUAUUAUACAAUUUUCUGGUGCGAAAGUAUGAAGAGUAAAGAGCUCCAAAAUCUAGUACUUUCAAAAUACAAAGCUGGACAAUCUUGUAUUAAGAUCCAUGAGGAUCUUCAUGGUUC